GGCCAAAGGUUGUAUUAUUUUUUGUAAUUUCUCCAAAAUAAUUUAAAUUCGGUAAAAAUAAAACGAAGAGAAUAAACCUAACCAUAUUAUUUCGGUUUGGUUCGGUUUUUCAAUUCGGGCCGGGUUUUGAUUUUUCCGGAUUUAAUGAGCACCCCUACAACUAGGCAGUAUAAAGUGGGCUCUAUUACUUUAGGCCCAAAGGCCUUUUCUUCUUUUUAUUUAUUUAUAUUUUACAAAAUUUAAUUUUUUUUUUUUUGACUCAUACAAAAAUUAUUGUUAUUACUAUGUACUCUACGAUAAAUCAAUAAUUGCUGCUGAAACUGAAAAAUCUAUCAAAUCAAUAAUCGAUCAUAAAAUAAAUAUAUAAUAAAUUGAUCAUGAAAAAAAAGCUACGAGCGACGGUUAGCAUAAUCGUAAUUCAAUUUCCGGCGAAUGCAUGAAAUUGAAACCAAAUUUCUAGGGUUUUAGCAACUUCAGCAACUAUAAUUCCAAGGUUUAACAGUAAUCAAGCAGCAACAAUGGCGGCAGUAACAUUGCAGCAAACAUCAGCAGACCUAAAAAAAUCGAGAGCAGUUCUUCAUCAACUCACUGACACUUUCCAAUCAAUUCAAUCUCACGUUUACUCAGUUAUGGCGCUUUCGGAUCAAUGGGGAACUUUCCAGAACUCUUUUUGUGUCAGUUCAGCAUUCUCUGGGAAACCAUAUUAGGGAGCUUGAGGUGAAGGAGAGAGAAACAAAUUCGCUGCGAAUUGUAUUGGAUAAUCGGGAGAAAGAGGUUCAAUUGCGGCAGAAAAAGCUGGAAUUUGAUGAGAAUUCAUUGAGUGAGGGGUGUGUUGCGUUGUAGAUGAGAGAGAGGGAUUAUUCGGAGCGAGUUCAGGUGUUGGAGUUGGAGAAGAAGCGGGUUAAGGAGUGGUUUAAGGCAGCGGAGGCGAAAGAGAGGCGAAUCGAGGAGCGGACUGUUGCGGUGGAGAAGAGAGAGAGGGAGGUUGAGGUGAGAGAGAGGAGGGAAGGGUGUGGGGAAAAGAGGGUGGAGGAGCGGUGGCGGGCGGUGGAGGUGAGGGAGAAGGAGAUUGAUAAGCGAAGCGAGGCGGUGGAGGUGGGAGAGAAUGGGAUUAAUAAGAGGUGUAUUGAGGUAGAGAGGAGGGAGAAGGAGGUUGAGGAGCGAAAUCGGGUGGCGGAGUUGAGGGAGGAGGAGAUGGUGGUGAAGGAGAAGCGAAUUGAUGAGCGUUUUGAAGAGGUUGGAUUGAGGGAGAAGGAAAUUGAUGAGCUUUGUAGGGUGCAGGAGUUGAGGGAUAAGGAAUUGAGUGAGCAGGGUAAAGGGUUGGAGUUGAAAGAGAAGGAGAUUGAUGAGAAGUGCAAUGUGGUUGAAUUGAGGGAGGCGGAAAUCGAGCAGCAUUGUAAGGCACAAGAGUUGAGGGAUAAACAAUUGAAUGAGCAAUGUAAAGAGUUGGAGUUGAAAGAGAAGCGUAUAGAUGAGCGUUUGGGAGAGUUGGAGUUGAAGGAAAAGAAAAUUGGUGAGCGUUGUAGUGUGGUUGAAUUGAGGGAGGCGAAAAUUAAUCAGUGUUGUAAGGUACAAGAGUUGAGGGAUAAACAAUUGAAGGAGCGUAGGGAAGAAUUGGAGGUGAUAGAGAAGCAUAUAGAUGAGUGUUUGGAAAAGUUAAAGUUGAAGGAAAAGGAAAUUGAUGAGAGGUGUUGUGUGGCGGAGUUGAAGGAGAAGGCGAUUGAUGAGAGGUGUAGUGUGGCGGAGUUGAAGGAGAAGCAUAUAGAUGAGUGUUUGGAAAGGUUAAAGUUGAAGGAAAAGGAAAUUGAUGAGAGGUGUAGUGUGGCGGAGUUGAAGGAGAAGGUGAUUGAUGAACGUUGUAAAGUAGUUGAAUCUAGGGAGAGGGAGAUUGAUGAGCGGUGCAAGGGACAAGAGUUGAGAGAGAAGCAAUUGAAUAAGCAGUGUAAAGGGUUGCAGUUGAAAGAGAAACGUAUAGAUGAUCGUUUGGGAGAGUUGGAGUUGAAGGAAAAGAAAAUUGGUGAGCGGUGUAGUGUGGUUGAAUUGAGGGAGGUGGAAAUCAAUCAGCAUUGUAAGGCACAAGAGUUGAGGGAUCAGCAAUUGAAUGAGCGUUGUAAAGGAUUGGAGUUGAAAGAGAAGCAUAUAGAUGAGCGUUUGGGAGAGUUGGAGUUGAAGGAAAAGGAAAUUGAUGAGCGGUGUAGUGUGGUGGAGUUGAAGCCCUUGAAGGAGAAGGCGAUUGAUGAAAGUUGCAAAGUGGUUGAAUUAAGGGAGAGGGAGAUUGAUGAGCAGUGCUAGGGACAAGAGUUGAGAGACAAGCAAUUGAA